AUGUCGGAAAGGAAAACAUUAAAUAAAUAUUAUCCACCGGAUUAUAAUCCGUUGGAAGCAGAAAAAAUGGCCAAGAAAAUGUCUAAGAGAUUAAAAACUAUGAACAAAAGUAAUGCGACUAUCAGACUUAUGACACCUUUUAGUAUGAAAUGUCUGAAGUGUACUGAAUAUAUCCCUAAAAGUCGAAAAUUCAAUGGAAAGAAGGACGUUCUUAAUGAAAGAUAUUUAAAUUCUAUCAAAAUUUAUCGUUUAAGCAUAAGGUGCCCUCGUUGUGGCAAUACAAUUACCUUUAGGACUGAUCCAAAGAAUGCAGAUUAUAUAAUGGAGUCGGGUGGAGUGAAGAAUUUUAUGGGAGCUUCAAAAGAAGAAUCAAAUGCUAAUAAUGCUGACGGAUUUGAAACAAUCGAUGAAGCGGUUGAUAGACUUGUAAGUGAAGAAGCCCAAAGCAAGGAGGUGAAAGAGUCUGAUAAGAUGGAAGAGUUAGAAAAAAAGCUCAUGAAGAUUCAAAAACAACAGGAAGACGGUGAGCAACUAGAAAAUCUAAGGAAACAAAAUCUCGAAAAGGCUAAGCGAGCUGAGAAACUAGGUGUAGAUGCUUACCAUAGUGAAGGGGGGAAUGACAGUGAAGAGGAGAAUAAAAAGCUGGAUAAGUUGGUAGAGGACGCUAUUGAAGGCUAUAAGCGAAACGGGCAACAGAAAAGCCCAACACCAUCGCAAAGUGAAGAAUUGACAAGUAUUGCUCAAUCUUCAUUAAAAGCACAGCCCAUAACACUAAAAAGGAAAAAUCUAAACCGAAAAAAUGCGCUAGGCAUAAUGGUUAAGAAGAGGAAGAAAUAA